AUGAAAGAUCUGACCUACAUUUCGGAACCUGGUUUACAUCAGUUAUGGCUACAGAUACAAGUUAUGAACUUCAGGUCAUUUUUCAUAUGCACAGCUUAUCGUCCACCUGACACUAGCUUGUCUUGUUUUGAAACUGAUUUCAGCGAAACAUUAACGUCAGCUUUGUCCUUUAACAAACCGAUCUACAUUCUGGGCGAUCUCAACUGCAAUGUACUUGAUGCGAAUGAUCCGGGACAAUGUGCUCUUUCAAAUUUUUGUACUUGUUUUAACCUCACUCAGAUGGUCGAUAAUCCUGAACAUUCUCGCACAUUAAUUGACGCAAUUCUUACCUCUUCAGAAAAUAAUAUCAAGCAAACGAAAGUCAUCCCUAAUUCGAUAAGUGAUCAUGAUAUAGUUAUGUCAAUUCUAGCCUUGAAGAAAUGUCGUCCAAAGCCUGUUUAUGUCUCCGUCCGAAGUCUCAAACAUUACAACAAAGAUUCUUUUUGUGAAGACAUAUCUAACGCUUUCUGGUCCGUCAUUAACAACUUUCAGGAUGUCAAUGACUGUUUAAAUGCUUUUGACUUACUGUUUAAUGAAAUUCUGGAUCAACAUGCUCCAAUUAGAAAGGUUAAA